AUGAAUGGACCUGGCGCUCCCGGAGAGGAGACAGGGACGAAGCUGGGAAUUGUACAAAUCAAUCUCCAGCGCUCCAAGAUAGCCACAGCCGAGCUACUCAAAGUAGCAGAGGAAAAGGGAAUCGCUAUCGCUUUGGUGCAGGAACCGUACACCGGAUCCAGCGGCAGAGUGAAGCAGUACCCCGGCACUAGAGUAAUCCAGUGCUCCUCGAACAUCAGCAGCCGAAACCCGGUAAAAGCAGCGAUAUACGUAUUCGGGGACCAGUUUAGGAUCACACAUGAUCCACAGCUGGUGUCCGAGACGGAGUCCGCAGCGGUACUGGAAUCAGGCAGCUUCAGGCUUGGAGUAGUCUCAGUAUACUUCGACGGGACAGCCGAUAUAGGUCCUUACAUUGCGCGAACCAAGGCAGUAUGCGAAUCGCUCAACACGCCUAACGUAUUACUGGCGGGAGAUGUAAACGCCUGGAGUCACUGGUGGGGCAGCGAAUCCGAGAACGAGAGAGGGACGGAAUACUGCGCUUUUAUCAACGAAAUGGAAUACCACAUCCUCAACACCGGAAACACUCCGACCUUCGAAGUCUGGCGAAGAGACGUGCUAUGCACCAGCAUAGUAGACGUGACAGCGUGCAGCCCUUCACUGCUGGGAAAGAUCAGGAAUUGGAAAGUCGACAGAGCGCUGAUCACAUCAGACCAUAACGCCAUCACGUGCACACUGGAGCUAGGAGUGCGGCUGCAACAUGCGGCAGCCCCUACUACCAGAGUAUACAACACCAAAAAGGCGAACUGGUCGGCGUUCGACGAGACACUCCUGUCUUUACUAGCGGAGAGGAACAUCACGCCCGCCGGAGUAGAAGAGGUAGUGUGUGGAGAGGAAAUGGAUAUCCUGACAGAUGCCUACACAACAGCAAUUCGGGAAGCGUGCGAAAGCUCGAUACCGAAGAUAGGCAAAAAGCGCAGAGGUUCCCCCUUCCCUUGGUGGACGGAAGAGAUUGAACAGCUCAAAAGGGAUCUCGUUCGUAAGAAGAAGAGGAUCAAGAACGCUGCUCCCCACCGGAAGGAACACGUGCUGCAAGAGUACAAUGAGGCCAAGGCGUUAUACGCCAAGCAAUCUGCCGAGGCCCAAACUCGGAGUUGGAAGGAAUUCUGUACGAAGCAGGAGAAAGAGAGCAUGUGGGACGGAAUCUACCGUGUCCUCAGGAAAACAUCAGGUAGAAAAGAGGAGCUACUGCUUAGAGGACCGGAUGGAAAGACUUUGGAUCCCAAGCAGUCGGCAGUGCUACUAGCGAACACUUUCUACCCUGACGACACGGUGGAAACCGACACCCCGCACCACACUCAACUCCGGAAAAUUGUACAAGAAACACCUCAAGAGAGGUUGGGAGAAUUGAAAGAGGAUGACCCGCCAUUCACCGAAGCCGAACUGGAGGCCGUGCUGCAAGAGCAGAACCCCAAGAAGGCACCGGGACCGGACGGAUUCACCUCGGACAUCUGCGCCAGAGCGAUCCGCUGCUCACGGGAUGUGUUCAUGGCGAUAGCCAACAAGUGCUUAGCCAUCUCCUACUUCCCCAAACAGUGGAAAAUCGCACAUGUAGUCAUUCUCAACAAACCGGGCAAAGAAGAUUACACCAGCCCGAAGUCCUAUCGCCCUAUAGGCCUGUUAUCAGUGCUAGGGAAAACGUUAGAGAAGCUUUUUGUGAGAAGACUACAGUGGCACCUACUCCCAACCCUCAAUCCAAGGCAGUACGGUUUCUUGCCGCAACGCGGAACAGAGGACGCUCUCUAUGACCUGAUCGGACACGUCAAUGCGGAAAAGGAAGCGGGGAGAUCCGUGUUGAUCGUGUCACUGGACAUAGAGGGGGCCUUCGACAACGCGUGGUGGCCGGCUUGGCGGUACCAACAUUCACAUGGGUGA